CUCUCUCUCUCUCUCUCUCGCGCGCUCUCUCUCCCUCUCUCCCUGUCUCUCUCUCUCUCAUAGACACACACGCACACACACAUACACUCUCUCUCUCUCUCUCUCGCGCUGUCUCUCCCUCUCUCCCUGUCUCUCUCUCUCCCUCAUAGACACACACGCGCGCGCACACACACACACUCUCUCUCGCUCUCUCUCUCUCUCUCUCUUUCAUUGAGCUCAUUCACAGCUAGGCAGCCACCCUGUGCAGCCUCGGCGCAGUUGGAGAGAGAACUUUGCAAGGUGUAAGUGUCAAAGGGGAGAACUCCGCUGUCGCAGCUGGAAGACGGGAAAGUCAAGUUAGGAAACAAGAAGAAGACAAUUUCACAAGACCAUUUAAUUUAAUAAAAAAACAUCAGUUUUUCUUUUUUUGUUUGGUCUUUUGCUUUUCUUUUUUUUAAUCUUAUUUUUUAAAUUUUUUUCAAAUGGAAUUACAAACAAAUAAUUUCCAAGAAGAACAGUGCCGGACAAAGUGAAGAGAGAGAAGGGGUAACGGAGAGAAAGAGGGAGAAGCCUGCUAGUGAGUUUUCAGUGCGCACUGAAGAAGAGGAGAGCACUGCAGCCCCUUCAGAGUAAAAGCGCUGACCUCUUCCAUCCCCGAGCUUCCAGGCUUUUCAGUGAGCAGCAGCCACAGAAGGAACAGCAGCAGAAGGAGCAGCGGCAAGAGCAGCAGCAGCAGCACCAUGCCCUAUGCGUGUCUCAGCCGCACCCCGGGCGUCUGACCCACCAUGUGCACAUGGGCACUGCCCGCCGCCGCCCGUCUCCGUCCUGACCGCGCCCCCGGCCCCGCCCGCCCCGCCCUGCCGCCGCCGCCCCCUCUCUCCGCCCGCCUGGCACGCUGCGUCGCCCUGCUCCUGCUGGCCGGUGCGGCCUUAGGGGGGUGCCCGCCGCCGGGGGCGCCCGGUCCCGGGGCCGGGGGCGGGGGCGGGGGCGGAGGGCGCGAGCCCCUGCGGGCGCUGCCCGGGGGCGCGGGCGGCGCCAACUGCUCCUGGACGCUGGAGCGCCACGCCCGCAGCUACAACCACCUGGAGGGCGACGUGCGCCUGCGCAGGCUCUACUCCGCCAACAAGUUCUUCCUCUGCAUCGACAAGACGGGCAAGGUGGACGGGACCCGGCGGAAGAACUUCGCCGACAGUCUGAUGGAAAUCCGAUCCGUCAGCGUGGGGGUCGUGGCCAUCAAGUCCGUCAGCACCGGGCUGUACCUAGCCAUGUCUAAAAAAGGGACGCUGUUUGGAUCGGUGAAAUACAACCCCAGCUGCAAGUUCAAGGAGCGGAUCGAGGAGAACGGGUACAACACGUACGCCUCGCUGCGGUGGAAGCACGGCGGGCGGCAGAUGUUCGUCUCGCUGAACGGGCGGGGCAAACCGCGGAGGGGCCACAAGGCGCGGCGCAGACACCCCUCCACCCACUUCCUCCCCAUGCUGCCCUCGUAGGGCGCCCCGCGCCCCCCCCCCCCAACGUCCAUCCGUACCAGUGUCCCGUCACUAUCGUUAUUAUUAUUAUUAUUAUUAUUAUUAUUAUUACUACUACUACAAACCCUCCUCCAUACGUGUACAUUUGUUGGGGAUUAUACACCAUUUUGUUUGCCGGAGUUGCGGGGGGUGGGGGGGGAGGGGGGGGGGAAUUAUCCUUUUAAGUUAUUUUGAUCUUCCUCUCCUCCUCACCUUAAAGGUCCAAAAGAAAAGCUGCUAACGUUGUGUAAAUACAGUGUGUCUUAUCGCGGUCAUCGACGACGGCGAAGCUGAACGAGAACGAUGACGGUGCGCGUCCGCCACUUCCUGGUGCGAUGCGAGACCUCGGGGCUGUACGGAAGAACAUUAGCCUCUUUUAAAGGGAGCGAUUACUGUCCCUGUUAUUAUCUUCGCUCUUUUGGCUCUUCCCGCUGGAGACGGUGCUUUUCCUUUUUUUAAACGGGCCUUACCCCGUAGACGGUUUAGGGGGAAGGCUGACGACGAUGCUAGGCCCGGCCCGGACAAAAAAGGGGAACUGAGGACGCUCGUUUGAAUGACCCGCUUUAGUGGGAUGAGAGACCCAGCGAAACGAAGCGUAGGAUUUUGCACAAGCCUUCGUAAAAAAAAUAAGAAGAAGAAAAAGAAAAGUGGACUUACUCCUCCAAGGCGGAUCGGAAAGGUGAACAGAAACUUAGGGCCUGCACAGUGCCCAGGAGCAGACUGGAGCGCUUGGUCUGGAGUUCGACGAAUAGCUAUUUGAGGCACCGUUUGGAUCCUCAGACAAGAGACAUUUAAUUUGUAAUUUGGUUGUGUGUGUGUGUGCGUGUGCGUGUGUGCGUGUGAGAAAGCUCGGAUCAACAUUUCCUGCUACCGGAUUGGCCCCUGUUGGACUUCUUUUUCAGCGUCUCUCGCUCUGGUUGUGGACAUGUCAAGCGUGCUGGCCGAGCUGGUCACCUACUCUGCACCCGAAAUGGACUCCAGACACCGUGAGCCUGGACUACAAGAGAAAGUUCUGGUUUCUUCCUUGCACCCUUUUUAGACCCCUAGACUGCAGGCUCAGAGGUCAUUCUUUUUUCUGGCUUAUAGGCUUUCACUCGCGCUAAUUAUGUCAGCUCAUAAGGGAUCAAACACACAAAAAAAAACUGGUCCCCCAUUUUGGAGCACCCCGUGUACUCGAGACUGUCUUCUGGGACCCCCUUUUCAACAAGGACUCGAGAUGGACCCUGUCACUCUUUUUGUAACCGAUUGUCUCAUACCGUCCUGUCUUACUGUGUCUCGCUAACACUUUCAAAUGCGUGUUGCAAAUAGAAUGUUUAAUAUAUUUAAAUCUUUUUUUUGGUUGUUGUUGCACUGUGCUGCAUUUUCAUUCGUCGCCUCUGCCUCCAGUUUCUGCCUCACAGACUCACUCUCAUUCCACUACCUGGCAGCGUUUUGUGCGGCCAAGUAAGU